AUGGAUGAAUGCUGCGAAAAGAAAGGGGGCAGUGGUUCAACUUGUCUAGCAGAGAGCUAUAAGCUUCUAAGCAUUGGAUUCUUAAUUCUUAUUCUUCUGUGUCUCCAACAAUGCAAAGCUAGUAGGAUGUUGGAUGGGGAAGAACAAGAGUGGGUGAAGAAAGGAGAUACAGAUGUCUUGCAGUCUCUCCAGAGGGGUCCUGUCCCUCCUUCAGGGCCAUCCGGCUGCACCAACAUCCCAGGAAGUGGCGGACCUAACUGCCCGAUAAAGCAAAUGAACUUUGCCGGUGUUGCCUUGCCUCGUGCUAGCGCCUACCCACGCCUCGUGGCUCCAUUUGGUGCGACUACUACUAAUAAUCAGGAAUGAAGCCCAUUGCACGAGAAAAAAAUCCAAGCAAGCAGUGAAUUUUGAACAUAGAAAAAUUUGAGACUAUGAUUUCACUUUCGGAAGCUGAAUU